UUUUUCCCAACUGUAUUAAAAACUUGUCACAGCAUCUCACACGCAUCACCACCUCUCUCACAAUCAGAUCAACGACAGACAAAUGAGGAACAAAAUUGCUUGUUGUGAAACCAAAAGGCUCACUUUCCAUGUUUUAUCUUUAACUGUCCACUAUUAACACUCCUUCGUCUGUCAUCACCCCAAGAAGAUAUUACUGAGCCUGGUACGUUAUUAUUCUGGCCACUAUCAUCCACACGUUCCAUCGCCCCACACACAGGGCAGACCGGGACAAGCAGAGAUAAAUGACUGCCUGAUUUAUGAUACAGUAACAAGUGGUUAGUAGAUAGAGACUCUCACCUUUACAUGAACACAACUACUCUCCGCUAGACUUGAUCAUACAGUCAUACACCAGCAUCCCUUCAGCCCCCUCCACACGCUUCGCAUAGUACUGAUCAAGGCAUACAGAGACAUUUAUAGACCUUGGUGCAGACGAACACUCAAAUGCGUAAAUGAGUGUUUCAGUGGAGCACGAAUAGAAAGGUUAGGCGACACGUCUGUUUCUCCUUCGGGUUGUAUGAUGAAAGCUCCCUUUAAAAACAUGCAUUAUUAUCACCAGUAACACUACCAGCAUCAUCAUCAUCAUCAUCAUCAUCAGUAGUAGUAGUAGUAGUAGUAGUAGUAGUAGUAGUAGUAGUAGUAGUAGUAGUGCUGUUGUCGUAAAUGCAAACACCAUGCCCCCAUCAUCACCAUUCCAGUAGUAUCAUCACCAAUCAACCUCAUCUGUCACCAUCACCACUGUCACCGCCACCCAUCACCGCAACCACGACCACAAUCACCGCCACCUAUCAUCAACACCACUGCCGCUUCACACUGCCGGCGCUCAUCUUAUUUCAAUAAUCACCUCCUUCACUGAGAGGCAGAAGCUGAUCCCGCAGCAUUUACGAAGAACAGGAGCCGCCUUCAUACGCAGCCAACACCUUCACCGCGGGACAAAACCACCUGCAAGAAAUACGAAAGAGGGAAAGGGGAGGGUGAAAAACUCAUUCCCUCCCAACCAGUGCCCUUCCCUACCCGCUGCUGCUUGCUGAGAGUAUAUAAAGACGAAGUGUAUGAGAGAAUGGUAUCAGUCUCUCGGCAGCCCUUGUAAGGAUCACAUCUCCCCACAACACUCGCCGCUCCGCCAGUAUGAAGGUCCUGCUGCUCCUGGCCGCUCUGAUCGCUGCCGCCACCCCCGCGCCACAGCACCUUGGAAACGACUACGAAUACACACCACCAGCGUACAACUUCGCCUAUACAGUGGAUGCCGCUGACCCUUACAACAACCCAGUUAGGUUCGGCCACCAGGAGGGACGUGAAGGCGCCUAUACCUCCGGCACUUACUAUGUUCUUCUGGCUGACUCCCGCCUCAUGACCGUCAAUUACUACGCUGAUGAGACUGGGUUCCACCCCACCUACACCUUUGAGGGUCAGGCGCAGUAUUACUAAGAGGAACAUCGUCUGUGAGAGAAAGAAUCUAUUUCAACUUAAUAAUAGGCAUCCUUGUCUCUUCUCCCAUAUGUUGAGGAUAAGACGCUUCUCCAAUCUUGCCCUUAUGAAUUACGAUCUUUUCUUCUUUUUCUUUCAUUUUUCUUCAUCCCUUAUCUUUAUUUAAUUUUUUUUCCUACACCACCUGCAGGCAUGAUUAGUUAAGUCCUCCUUUCAUCGUGGUUAUCAUUUUCCUUGAGGUGAACUGCGAUUACCUGUUUCGUGCCUUUAUCGCUCAUCUGUUCCACCUGUUUUAUUUGUCAACUGGAGGAAUGAUUGGUUAAGCUUCCCUCUCACCUGGAUAUCGUUUUCUGUGACUCCUUCCAAACUCGCCUAGUCAUUAUCAUCAUUAAUUUAUGUACUAUUACGCUUUUCAUAAGAGUCUAUAUAUUUUCUUUACAGAGUAUAUUGUAUAGCAUAUAGUUUUGUAUCUUUUCUAUAAGAAUGUAUACGUAUAUAUUUUUGCAUACGUUUUUUUUUUUUUUCACAAAUAAAUAUAUUUACAUAAAA